AUGUCGGUUCUCGAUCUAUCCCCUUUCGCUGUGGUCAACACAAUCUUACUGGGCCUGGUUCUGUGUUUGAUCUCAGCAGCAUUCUACAAUGUCUUCUUCCAUCCUCUUAGAAAUUACCCCGGCCCCCGUUUUUUGGCCGCGAGUGGACUCCCGAGUGCCUAUGGGAAGAUAACAGGCGGAUUCUCACUUUGGACACUAGACCUUCAUAAAAAAUACGGACCCGUCGUCCGCAUGGCUCCAAAUGAGCUGAGCUACUCGAAUUCAUCCUCUUGGCAAGAUAUCUACGCAAGCAACUCAGCUCGGCCAAACGGUAUGCCACGCGACACAUCUUUCUUCGCAUCAAUAGAAGACGAGAACGCGGUCCCUUCACUGGUGACCGCCAGCGACAAAGAUCAUUCUAGAAUCCGCUCUAACUUUGCGAAGGCGUUCUCGGAGCAGGCUCUGGCCCAACAACGUCCCUUGAUCAUCGGACAUGUGAAUACUCUGAUGAAAAAGCUACACGAAGUACACCAUGAAGACAUCAACAUAGUCAAUAUGUUCAACUUUACGAUCGCUGAUAUUCUGGCCAACCUCUCGUUCGGAGAACCCAUGCAUUUGCUCAACGACGAAACCCAUCGAGCUUGGGUUCACAAUCAAUUCGGCUGUGUACGAAGCUCUCGAAUUCUAGCAACGCUUACAGAUUUUCCCAUCUUCCGGGCAAUCUUCCACGUAACGCUUUCUGGCUUGGUGAAACGAGCCCGCGUCACUUACUUCGGGGGAGAGAAAGGAUUGACGGAGCCCGAGCUACGGUCCAAUCUACCCCUGAUACUAUUUGCCGGGCUUGACACACUAUCCGCCGCGCUGAGUGGACUUGUAGCGUUCCUUGUAGAGGCGCCAGAGACUCUUCAGCAGUUGCAAGACGAAGUUCGUUCAACAUUCCCAGAGAGCUCAGCCAUCGAUGCUCCGACGAUGAAAAACAUGAAAUUACUCAACGCGUGCAUCAAUGAGAUACUGCGGAUCUACCCCGGCGCACCGGGCGAAUUCCCUCGUGUAGUGCCUGCCGGGGGUGCCAUGAUCUCCGGGAAGUGGGUUCCGGCAGGCAUUCGAGUGUACACAUCUCCGUUGGGGGCAUUCCGCUCUCCUGCCAACUUCCACGACCCGGAUUCAUUCCAUCCCGAGCGGUGGUAUACAGAGACGGACGAGAAGUUCUCCGCCGAUGAUAGAAAUGCAUGCAAACCGUUUUCCAUCGGUACCAGCGAUUGCGUCGGUCAAAGAAUGGCCAAGUACUUGUUGCAAUAUAUCGUUUGUGAGUUGAUCUUGCAAUUCGACAUCAAGGCACGCGGAGAUAGCAAGGCGUGGUUUUCCAAGCAAGGGAUCUGGACAGCUUGGGACAAACCGCCCCUGAUGGUGAAGUUGACUCCAGUAAAAGCCCUUUGA